GCGGACCCGAGCCCGUGGCCUCCUCGUGGCCUCCGAGUUCCAACAACAGGCAGCAAUUCCCAGCGACAUGCGUGCUGCGUGGAUUUUUAGCUCCGAGGCGUGACACCGCCAGCGAAACAUCCGAGUGUUGGACGGCGAAGUCCCGGCGACGCUAACAAAAUGCUCACCCACGUGUAAGACUGUGGCUCUAUAGGAGGCCACCAGUUUGGAAGACGUCAGGAAAGCGAGUAGCUGAACGGGAGCCGUGCCUGCUGCGGGUGGCGCGGGCCAUGUUCGUGUGCGCCCAGCAGCCGUGUCCGAACCGGCGCUGCUGCGGCGGUUCGGCGAGCCCGGCGUGUCCCGACCACCAGGCACUGACGUCGCUCAGCCGCGAGGACCGGCGCCGGAGACGCCGGGCCACGCAGAAGUACCGGCUGGCGCACGCCACCCGAGAGCGCAUCCGCGUCGAGGCCUUCAACGUGGCGUUCGCGCAGCUGCGGCGACUGCUGCCCACCCUGCCGCCCGACAAGAAGCUGUCCAAGAUCGAGAUCCUGCGCCUGGCCAUCUGCUAUAUCUCCUACCUCAACCACGUGCUAGACGUCUGAAUCGCGGGACAGUUAGUUGACAGACAGUCCAAUUCGCUGCCCUUGGUCGUCUGGACAGGGGUGAAGGGACGAGUUCUUCCAAUCCGCAAUUCAAAAAAUGUCGAGGUUCUCGAAUCUCUGUUUAACGGACAUUCGUUUGUCCACUGCUUUUACCGAGAGCCUCCACUGUACAGGCGAAUGAAGGUACACGCUUUAAGAAAAAUUAGGGUACUAUCUUAAGAAAGCAGACGUUCUGACAAGCAGAGAAGGGGCAGCUUUCCUUUUUCUUUUUCUUUUUACUUCAGCAAUGCUGCACUAGUCAUCUUGUGCUAAGGUGUAGAUUAUUCAAUAAUCCAGGAUAGGACGCUUAAAAUAUCAGUAAUAUAUAUAAAAAUGGAGUUACUAAGUC